UGAAAACCUAUACUGACUCGCUAGUUCAAAGUCCUUACUUUGCAUCUAUCAUCACUGGCAGCUUGAUAUGGGUUGGGGAGGUGUGGCUCACGAGGCUAGCCCCUUAUGCCGAAGGCCAAGCUUUCCUACAUCUCGCCUUCGCUAUUUGUUUCCUUCUUUGUUCAUACAAUUUCUUCCGAGCUGUCACUCUCGACCCUGGCCGUGCUCCAAAGCCCUCCAGCGAGUCGGAACUGCGCACCAUCAUUGAGGAAUUAGCCAGCACUGGUCGGCUCAAUGGUAUGACGUUCUGCGUGGACUGUAU